CAUACCCGCUGCUCUCCGCUAGAUAGUCUACCUUGAUCCGCCUACUUUCAUUAUGUGGCUCGCAAAGCUUGUCAGGUCGCAGGUCCAUUUUGUUCCAGGAAAAUUGAGAGUUACUGAACUUUUCUGGGAUGUCCCGCUGGAUUACGAUCGGCCUACUGAGGCCACCAUUCGGCUUUUUGGGCGGGCUGUAAGACGCCGUGAACCAGGGGUUGAUUUGCCCCGAGAUGAAAAGGUUUUACCUUGGUUUUUAUACCUACAAGGUGGUCCAGGAAUGCCAUCACCGGCACCACAGGACGUUGGCUGGGUGCAAAUGGUGCUUGAUAGGGGAUACCAGAUUCUUUUACUUGACCAGCGAGGGACAGGAUUGAGUGCUCCAAUUACGGCUGCUACUCUUGGCCUCGUAGGUGAUGCUGUUAAACAGGCAGAAUAUCUCAAAUUAUUCCGUGCGGAUAACAUAGUCCGGGAUUGUGAGGCUAUCCGCGAAAAUAUUACUUCUGAAUAUCCGCCUGAAAAGAAGAAAUGGAGCGUCCUUGGCCAAAGUUUUGGCGGGUUUUGCGCCGUUACGUAUCUUUCAAAAUUCCCGGAGGGCCUGCGGGAGGUUUUCACAACUGGAGGCCUUCCCCCACUUAGGAAGGGACCAGAUCCCGUUCUUGAGCGGACGUACGAAAAGGUCCAGGAACGGAAUGAAGCUUAUUAUUCCAAGUUCCCCGAGGAUGUCAGCAGAGUUAAUUACAUCCUUCGCUAUCUGAACGAUAACCGGGUCCAGCUACCGGCUGGAGUUCUCACGCCUUCUAGAUUCUUGUCGCUGGGGCUAUCAUUCGGAAUGCGAGGUGGCUUGGAUUCUAUUCACGAUAUCGUACUAAGAGUACAGAACGAGCUUGAAACGUUUAACCUUUUGACAACACCAACUCUUUCAAUUCUGAAUAAUGCUACCACCUUCGACAAUAAUAUCCUCUAUGCGGUGCUACAUGAAGCAAUAUAUUGCCAAGGGGAGGCGUCGAAUUGGUGUGCGGAAAGAUUGAUAGCAAGGUUCUCUCAAUUUCAGAACAAAUUCGAUGGAAGUCCGGUGUUUUUCACUGGGGAAAUGAUAUACCCCCACAUGUUUGAAUCUUCCGACGAGCUUGGGCAAGUCAAAGCUGCUGCAGACAUCAUUGCGGCAUAUAGCGAAUGGCCUGACCUCUAUGACGAAGCCCAAUUAGCAAAAAACGAAGUACCGGUAUUUUCAGCAACCUUCGUUGAUGACAUGUAUGUGCAUUACGCGUUGGCAGCGGAAACGGCAGCAAAGAUCAAAGGGUGCAAGCAGUUCAUUACGAACGUCAUGUAUCACAACGCCAUCCGUACGAACGCUGAUGAGUUGGUAAAACAGCUUUUCGCCUUGAGGGAUGACACAAUCGACUAG